AUGAAAGAUUUGUAUCUGCUGCACUGCAGAGUGGACACACCUCAGAUGAAGCUGGAGAAGCUGCUGUCGGCUGGAGUCAGUCUGCUGCUGCCGCUGCCUGCAGAAAUUCUUCCUGUAAGACUCACAGGAACCAAAAAGAGGAAGAGGAAGGACAAGAGGAAGGCAGUGACCAGUGAAGUGAUGGACACGACAGAUGAGAGCCUCAGUCUAAUCACCGUGCCGAAUGGUGCUUAUCCGGUCCUCCUGGGCCGGAAAGGAGCAGGGAAGAGUGCGGCAGGCAACACCAUCCUGGGAGGAGUGGGAGGGUUCGAGAGUGGGAAGCCCACAGAGGAGUGUGUGAAAAGGCGAGCUGAUGUAGAAGGGAGAAAAGUAACGGUGGUGGACACACCUGGGUGGGAGUGGUACUACCCGCUCAACAGCACCCCCAACUGGGUGAGGAGAGAAACUUUACGGAGUGUCUCGCUUUGCCCUCCUGGACCCCACGCUGUGCUUCUGGUGGUUCGGUCCUGUGCCUCUGUGACUGAUGCCUAUAUCAUGGAGAUAGAGGAGCACCUGGAGCCGCUGGGAAAAGGAGUCUGGGGGCAUACCAUGCUGCUGUUCACCAGGGGAGAUGAACUGGGCCUGACAACCAUGGAGCAACGAAUUCUGACAAGCGGCCCAGCUCUUCAGAGACUCCUCCAGAAGUGUGGGAACAGAUACCACGUCGUGAACAAUCGGAGUAAAGGAGACGGGACACAGGUUAAAGAGCUGAUAAGGAAGCUGGAGCAAAUGGUGGAGGGGAAGAAAGAUGGCCACAGUCAUUUGGAGAUGGAUAGUACUGUUGUGUUGGGUUUGGAAGCAGACGGGAAGAGGAGAGCCAGGGAGAGGAGGAAGAAACAGAGGCAGAUGGAGGCACAGAUGCAGAGAGGGACCAUCAAAGCUGCUCUUACCAGUGAUGGUCCUCAGGGUUCCGAGCUAGAUGCUCAUCAGUCUUUCUCCAAGGCUCCUCGACGUCUACCUGAGGUUAGGCUGGUUCUCUUGGGCGAGCGCGAAACUGGGAAGAGUUCUGCUGGGAAUACUAUCCUCGGCAAAACAGGCUUCUUCCAAGCGGGUGCAGUGACAGAGGAGUGCAUCCGUCAUCAAGCGGAGGUGGCCAUGCGGCUGGUGACGGUGGUGGACACACCGGGCUGGGAGGCAGGUGUGGCAGGUGCUACAACGGAGAGAGUGAAGAGGGAAAUUGUUAGUAGUGUGGCCUUGUGUCCACCAGGGCCCCACGCACUCCUGGUGACUCUGAGGGUGGACACACUGGUGAGGGCAGGACAUGUGAGGGAACAUCUGGAGCUUUUGGGCGAGGGUGUAUGGAGACACACAAUCUUGCUGUUCACCCACGGUGAUCAGCUUCGAGAGGGGGUGGAUAUUGAGCAGCACAUCCAGGGUGGGGGCAGGGACCUGCAGUGGCUGCUGGAGAAAUGCAGGCGCAGGUACCAUGUCAUCAGCAGUGUAGAUGGAGGAGGAAGAGGAGGCUCCGCUAAGGUGACAGAGCUCCUGGAGAAAGUGGAAAAGAUGGCGACAAUGAACAGGUGUGAGGCUUUCUCCUCUUUGGUUCAAGAGGUCAGGGAUCUGAGCCAGCAGAGGAAUGAAAAGUUCAACCAGCGCCUGAAGGAGAUAGGAGACAAGAUGCUUCGUCAGGAGGUGGAGUUGAAGAAUAUGAGAGAGCGGGAGAUGAAAAGCAUUAGAUGGUUCUUUGAUAGGAAGAAGAAGGUGAAAUCACCUGGGAAAGCUGACAUUCAAAGGGAAGAGGAGGAGGAUGAAGACAGGAGGAUUGGCGAUAGGAAGAAUGAUAUUGGUGAGCUAGAAGAGAGGAUGCGAUGGCUGACAGAGGACAAAGAAAGAGAAGUUCAGGAUCUUAGCCUUGAAAAUGAGAGAAUCGGUGUGGCACUGAAACAGAGUAAUCAAGAGAGGGACAAUGCAAUGCUUAGCCUGGAGCUAAAAGAAAGGGAGAUUGAGGAGCUGAAAGAAAGAAUUGACGAGCAGCAACUGAAGCUGCUUGACCUUGAACGUGCUGGUGUAGAAAACGAACAUGAGAGAAAACAGAGGGAGGAUGCCAUUAGAGCAAAGACGCAAGAGUGGAGGAACGAAGUGGAGAAAUUGGAAGAAACUGUAGAGCUGCACAAAAAAGAGAAAGCAGAGUGGAUGGAAAAAGCAGAUUCUUUAAAAGCAGAAAUGGAUAAGACAAAAAGACACUAUAAUGAUGUUCUUGAGAGAAAAGAACAAGAAAAUAACAGGGAGAUGACAAAGCUGGAAGAAAAACUGAAAAAAGAGAUGGAAAUAAAAAUGUCCGAGAAAGACAAAGAGCAGGACGAACUAAGAAAGAAAGCCUCAGAGGAAAAGCAGAUAACUCUUGAUAAUGCAAAACAAUAUGAAAAAGAUAUGGAAAGAAAAGUUGAAGAAAUGAAAGCACAACAUAAGGCAGAAAUAGAGAAGAAAAUGCAAGAGAGAGAAAAAGCAAUUCAAGACAUAAAACUACAGCAUCAGGAGGAGAUGGCCAGAAAAAUUGGUGAAAUUGAAAAAAUGAUGAAGACAACCAGAUUUCGACACCAGGAAGAAAUUGACCAGAAUUUGAAAGAAAGAGCACAUGAUAUGGAAAGGGUCAAACAACAGCAUGAAAAUGAAAUAAGGGACAUGCAGCAAGAAAAGCAGAGAGAGAUUACAGAUUUGAAAAAGCAGUUUGCAAAAGAAAAUGAGGAACACCUACAAGCAAAAAAGAAAGAGAUUGCAGAGCUGGAACAAAAGUACCAAGCCGAAAUAAAAGACAAAAUGCAAGAAAAUGAAAAAGACAAGGAGAUGAUUGAUCUAAAUCACAAAAAAGACAUGGCACAAAAGAUGCAAGAGAAAGAAAAGGAAACAGAAGCCUUAAAACUGCAGCAUCAGGAAGAACUGACCAGAAAAAUCAAUGACAUGGAGAAACUAAUGGAGGCAAGGAAGGCUGAACAUCAGAAAGAAAUAGACAGAAAAGUGAAAGAAAACAAAGAAGAUGUAGAAAGGCUGCAACAACAGUACAUGAAAAAAGUAAAGAACAUAGAGGAGGAAAGAGAGAGAGAGACUGUGGAGCUGAAAGAACAAUUUGCAAAAGAAACUGAGAAACAAUUGCAGGAAAGACAAAGAGAGAUAAGAGAGUUAGAACAAAAGUAUGCAGCCAAAAUAGAAGAAAAUGUGCUACAACAUGAAAAAGAGAAAGAAAUGAUUAAUCAAGCUAAUGAAAAACACAUUUUGGAAAAACUGCAAGAAAGAGACAGGCUAACAGAAGAGUUAAAACGUCAGCAUGUUAAUGAAGUUGAGGGAAAAAAGCAAGAAAGUCAGAAGGAAAAAGAAAGAUACGAGAAAGAGAUGGAGAAAAGGAUGGAGGAAAAGGAGAAGGAGGUUGAGGGGAUGAAACUCAAUGUCAAAGAACUUAAGGAAAAGCUGCAACAAAAAGAAGAGAAAGAAAGAGAUCAUCUAAACUACUGCAACGAACUGGAGCAAAGACUGGACGAAAAACAAAAAGAAAUUGAGGAGAUGAAGCUAAAUGUCAAAGAAAUGAAGGAGAAACUGCAACAAAAGGAAGAGACAGAAAUAAAUCAUUUAAAUAACAAGAAAGAGAUGGAGCAAAGACUGGAAGAAAAAGAAAGAGAAAUAGAAGAGACAAAAGAACAGUUAAAACAACUUGAGCAAACCCUGCGACAGACAGAGGAGGAAAGAGAAACAGAUCGAUUAAAUCACAAGAGACAGAUUGAGCAAAAACUGGGAGAAAACGAACGAGUGAUAGAAAAGUUGAACCAGCAUAUAAAGGAUAUUGAAGAAAUCCUGCAAAGAAAAGAAGAGGAGAGAGGUGAGAUAAUUCUAAACCAAAAGAAAGAGGCAGAGCAACGACUGCGAGACAAAGAGAGAGAGAUGGAUGAGAUGAAAUUACAGCUUUUAAAUGAAAUGGAGAGAAAAGUAAAAGAAAAGGAAGCGGAGAUUGAGGGUAUUAAACAGCAGGCUGACUCCAGGGAGACGAGAUGGAGAGAAGAGCAGAAGAGAAAGGAUGAGAAAGGAGAAAAUGAGAUGAACAAGCUGAUAAAAAUCAUCGAUGAGAAAAAUAAAGAACUAACACAAGCACAGUGUCUUCUUGCACAGAGAGACACUGAAGUGAAUGAAGCGAAAACGACAUGCGCAAGCUACUUAAAAGAAAUUGAAGACCUGAAAGAAAGCAAUGAAAACCAGACCUCCAGUAUCAUCGAGAUACAGCAGCGUCACACAGAGCAGGAGAGGAAAAAAGAUGCUGAAAUGAUGGAAAAACUGCAGGAGAAAGAAGAGGAGCUCGAGCACCUGAGGCAAAAAGACAGAGAGAACGAGAAAGAGAUCGUCCAAAUGAAGCUAACAAUUGAGCAAACUAAGUCAGAGCUGAAGAAUCUCACCAAUAAGAUGGAAAAGGAGAUGACGAGCAUGAUUCAGGAAUAUGAAAAGGAGAUUGCUAGAAGAAACGAGAACAUAGAAUCGAUUACAAAGGAGAAGGAUGAUGCUAUAACUUGUUUGGAGGAAGGUCGACAAAGGAUUUCAGACGUCACCGAAAAAUACGAGGAAAGUCAAAAGAGAGCAGAGGAGCUGCAGGAGCAAAAUGAGAAGAUGAGGAAGGAGAUGGACAAUCUUAAAAUAAAGUAUGAGGAGCUGACGGAGAGUGAAGAAGAAGUUAGAAGACAUGUCAGGGGAUAUGAGGAGCAGGUGAAGAGCAAAGAAUCUGAAAUCCAAAGCAUUCUUGAGGAGAGAGAUCUGGAGAUCAGAGCAUUAAAAGAGGCAAAUGAUGAACUGGAAGUGGAGAUAGAAAGGAUGAAAGAGAGAGAAGAUGACACAAAAAUGGAGAUGAAUGAGCUGAGAGAGAAUUUUGAGAGACAGCUGAUGGAGAAACAGAAUGAGUUCAGAACUAAAGGUGAGGAAUUCUUGAAAAGGGAACAAGAAGUAGGGGAAAGGGAACAGAACCAGAGUAGAAAUGAAGAAGAGUUGAGCAAACGAGGACUUCAAUUGGAUGCAAAAGAGGUAGAGCUUGUUGAAAGGGAGGCGAAACUUGAAAGUAAGGAACAAGAACUUAGAGGACUAGAAGUGAAUCUAGAGAUAAGGCAAAAACAGCGAGAGGAGAUAGAUCAGUAUGAGCAAGAUGUGAAAAUGAAAGCACAGAGUAUUGAGAUAAAGGAGAGGGAGAUAGACAGUUUGUUAAGACUUCUGGAGGGUACACAGAAAGAGCUAAGCUCUCACGGCCAGGAUCUUCAGAAGAAGGUAAGAGGGUUGAAAGACCAGGGGAAAGAGCUAAAAGACAGGGAGCAUUACUUAAAAAAUGAAGAGCAGGAGUUGCUCAAUUGGAAGUCAGAGCUGCAGAUGCGAAAUGAGCAUGUACACUCUACAACUCAGCAGUUAGAUGAGAUGGGGAGAGACUUGGCUUUUCUGAAAGACGAGCUUCACAAAAAAGAGAAACAUUUAAAAAUGUCACUUCAAAAAUUGAACAAAUGGGAGCAGAAUCUUGCAGCACGAGAGGCAGAGUUGCGUAAAAGAGAGCAAAGACAUUUAGGGAAUGGGCAGCAUGAGGCUGAGGACAACAUGAGAGUUCACGAGGAGAGUUUCUUCAGUCAGGAAGCUGAGGUUGAGAGCUCAGAAGAUGACGUCCAUGUAAUGUACCAAGAGGUCAGUGAGAGAAGGGGAAACAGAGGAGGAAGAGAGGCAGAUAAAGGAGAAAGCACAAAGGAUAGGGAGGAUCAGAGGAUGAAAACAGCACUGUCAGCUGCAGAGAGCAAUAACUGUCAUCUUGAAACACUGAAAGAGAUAGAGAUGGCUGAUAAAAAGGAAGGGAUGAGAGGAAGAGGAGCAGAGUCGAGGAAGAAAAGAGGCAGAGAGGACCUGGAAAGGCAGAGGGUCAGCAGGGAUUUGAGGUUGUUUUCUCAGAGUCAGGGUCACAGAAGUUCAAACAACACAAACUCAGCUGGAGGGUCAGAUUUGAGAGUGGUGGUGUUAGGAGAGUCCUGGUCGCCCUGCUCCCCAGCCGGAAUCACCAUCCUUGGUGGAGAAGCGUCCGAACUCGAUGGCUCUACCUUCAGGUCUUGGAGAGGUCAGAUCGCUGGGAGACACUUCGCUGUUGUAGAGCCGCUGGGUUUGAGGUGGCGAGACGGUCCAGACCCAACAAAAACAUCACAGAGUCUUCUGGACAGCAUCUCCUGGUGUCACCCAGGACCUCACAUCGUCCUCCUGCUCAUGCCUGCCUUCUUAACCUGCACACAAAAGUACAGGAGAGCUGUGGAGGAGCACAUGGGUUUGUUUGGGGAGGAGAUUUGGCAGCACACCCUGGUGCUGUUCACAUGGGGGGAAACUUUAGGGGUGAGCGCAGAGCAGCACAUCCUGAGGAACGGGGAACUGAUGGGGCUCAUAGAGAGAUGUGGGGGCAGGUAUCAUGUGCUGACAAGCAAGAAAACCAACUGUGUGACUGAAGGAUUGUUUGAAAAGAUGGAGAAUAUAGUGGCUUUGAACAGCAGAGAACAGUGUUUGGUGUAGAUAUCUAAUGAGACCGUAUGAAUUUAUCAUGUAAAUACUGUGUUUUUUUAUGUUAUGUGAAUAUCUUCCAAUAAAUUUAAGAAUGAA